AUCUGAAAAUUGAUGAUUAUGUUGAUAUUACCGUAUUUGACUUUCAGAAAAUAUCAAAAAAAUUACGAGUCGUUGCCGUGAAGAGAGUACCUUACAACCUUUGUCGUCAAAUGUCUCUCUAUUCUACAGUGCUGAUAGAAGAUCAACACUUAUGCUAUGGUGGACAAGGCUUCGAUUCUUGUCAAGGGGAUUCGGGUGGACCUUUGGCGGAUUAUGACACAGUAUACGGAAUAGCUUCAUUUGGGGCUCUUGAAUGCGGACAUUUUCCUGGAGUAUACGAAAGCGUUUCCUACUACUCUGAUUGGAUAGAAUAUACAAUUCAGACUUAAUAUUCUCCAAAGUGAACACGGG